AGACACAAGCCAUCAACUCGAUGUCGUUUCACUCGUCUGGCGAGUAUUUGGUGACGGCGUCCGAUGACGAGUCGAUCCAUGUGUACAACGCCAGCGAUGCGAGCCAGUCGACGACGCUGUACUCGAAAAAGUACGGCGUCGACCUCAUUCGCUUCACCCACCACACCAACACGGUCGUCCACGGGUCCAAGAACGAGUGGGAUCACACACUGCGGUAUCUCUCGCUCCACGACAAUCGCUAUUUGCGGUACUUUAAGGGCCAUCGUGCGCAAGUGACCAGCCUCGAGAUCUCGCCAGCCGACGACACGUUCCUCUCGGGCUCGCAGGACGGAUCGGUCCGGCUGUGGGACGUCCGCCUCCCGGCGUGCCAGGGCUUCCUCCGUCUCCGGCCGUCGGCCACGCCGGCUGUCGCCUUUGACCCAGAGGGCAUCAUCUUUGGUGUCGCCAUUGCCGACGCCUCCCAGGGCCAGCACGCCGUCAAGCUCUACGACGUGCGCUCGUUUGACAAGGGUCCGUUUGCUACCUUUGAGCUCAACCUCGGCGUCGCCGCCUCGCAUCUCACCUUUGCCUCGCUCACCUUUUCACCCGACGGAUCCGCCAUUCUCCUCUCCACCUCAGGCGAGCCACUUGUGGUCCUUGACUCGAUGGAGGGCGAGCCGCAGGCCUUCCUUCGUGGCCGCCUCAACGAGUCUGGCCUUCCGCUCGUCGCCUCCUACUCGCCCGACGGCCGCUACAUCGUUUCUGGAUCAGAGAACGGCGCCGUCCACCUGUGGUCAUCUUCCCCCGAGCCCAACAGCCUCGUCGCUCCGGAGAUUGCCACCUUUCGCGGCCACCCCGAAGCGGUCACCAACGUCGCCUGGUCGCCUACCUCGGCCCUCAUCGCUUCGGGCUGCACCUCGCUCGGUCUUUGGGUUCCUCCGGCGUAAUUGCCCUCACUUUGUCGGCCAACAAGCUCGUCUUGGCCCUCGCCGCCUGUUUGUGACCAUCUUGAUGAGCCCCGAGUCCAUCCUUUGUGAGCGAUAAAGGUCCAACCGGUGGCCCAAGCCACGUCAACAAACGCCUCAACUUUUGCC